AUGGGCAAAGUCUUCUUUGUAGACUGGGCGCUUUGGCAAAAGAUGACUUUUGUCCUUGCCUGCCUCAUCGUCCUCACUGUCCUUGCUGGCUUGCUCAAGUUGUGGUAUACACACCGUAAACUACGCCAAUAUGAGAAGGCUGGUCCUCAACCGAUCAACCGAGAAAAGAGUAUCAUCCGCAGUCUCAGUUUGCGCAAAGGUCCGAAAAAACAAAAACAGAAGCAAAAGCCCGCCAAGGAGGUCAUGGUCCAGAAGAGACGUCCCAUGGAUGAUAGACCAAGCGUACCCUUCGGUAUCAGAGCCAUUGAAAGCGGCAUCGAGGUCGACGGAGUGUGGAUCUCUCGCAAUAACACUCCGGCUGGAAGCAUACGUGAGCCUUCGUCAAGUUCUUUGACAGCCUAUAAAUCCAUUACACAACAAAGUCGACAAGGCUCAUUAACAGACGUCGGUAUGACUCUCACGAACGAUGGUACCGAGACUUCUCCGUUCAGCACCCACAUCGCCUCGUCGUCGAGAGAGCCUAGUCAGACACUCUCCAUGGACCGCUCAACAUCCGGCGGUAGCAUUGGCAGCAACCCACCGUCCUCUCCCGAGCCUGUCGCAUCUGUCUCUCGCCGCUACCCUCCACAUUCCUACCAAAGAUACGAAGGCAGUAGCUCCAAACAUUUCCGCAAUGCUCACACACUCGAAACCAGAGUCCCAACGGGUAUGCCCACUGAUCCUGCCAGGAUCGUGAGCCACCAUAGUUCAUCUUCCGGUUCAUCUAGAGGUGGUAGCAACGGAAGCAACGAAUUGCCAUAUCUGGACUUCGCACGGCCUCCUCCCAUCCAUCAAACUGGUAGCCCAGCUUUUGAUGACGCACUUCAAACUCACCGUAUGUCACAGGUUGCUGAGACAGGACGUUUGGUACCCAGAAGUCGCCGCGCAGGUGCCUCAGGCGAUUGGACCUCGUCUCCUCUCGCAACAUGCGAUGUGCACAACUUUUCGCUUCCACGUUCACAGACACCUCCGCCUCCUAGUUCUUCCAGCUCUAACAAUACGCUCAACCCCUUCACUACUCCUGUGUCAGAGAAGCACCCAGACGUCGACUUCCCCGAGCCUAAGAUGCCCGCCUCGGAGCCCAAGUCUCGUCGAGGUUCAAGCGUCUCGUACACACGUCCAGACCCAACCGUGCUGCGCACAGUGAAUUCAGGCUUUGCAGUGCUCAAGCCAGGGACGCUGGAAGCGGAAGCUGCGGCCAAAGAAUCUGCACACGGAGUAGCGAGCCAACACGCACGAGGGCGUUCAGCAAGCUUCGACAGCAACGAGAAGCGUCAAAGCCGCAAGCUGCAAAAGAAGCGUCGGCCCAGCGAUAGCUCGCAAUCGAGUUUCGAUGCUGCGUCUGAUCUCGAACGCGGUGGUAUCAAGUACAGCUUCGACCAACAUCCACCUUCGGAUCAAGAGAUUGAACAUGGUUCGCAGAUUGAAGCAUCGGGCUCCAAGUAUAAGUUUUGA